AAUAAAUUUUAGUAUAUUUUGUGGGCAAUUCCCAGAAAUUAAUGGCUAUGAGUUCUUUUUUGAUCAACUCAAACUAUGUCGACCCCAAGUUCCCUCCGUGCGAGGAAUAUUCACAGAGCGAUUACCUACCCAGCGACCACUCGCCCGGGUACUACGCCGGCAGCCAGAGGCGAGAGAGCAGCUUCCAGCCGUGCAAAGAGCCCGUCGUCUACCCCUGGAUGCGCAAAGUUCACGUGAGCACGGUAAACCCCAAUUACGCCGGCGGGGAGCCCAAGCGCUCUCGGACCGCCUACACUCGCCAGCAGGUCUUGGAGCUGGAGAAGGAAUUUCACUACAACCGCUACCUGACGCGGCGCCGGAGGGUGGAGAUCGCCCACGCGCUCUGCCUCUCCGAGCGCCAGAUCAAGAUCUGGUUCCAGAACCGGCGCAUGAAGUGGAAAAAAGACCACAAGUUGCCCAACACCAAGAUCCGUUCGGGUGGCACCGCAGGCGCAGCCGGAGGGCCCCCUGGCCGGCCCAACGGAGGCCCCCCCGCGCUCUAGGUCCCCCCAACGCGGGAGCCACGAACCUCGGGGUGGGGGUGGGCAACGAGCGCGGAGGGAAGUGGGGAGGGGAGGGUGCCCAAGACCUGGGCCUGGAAAACCUAUCUGCCCUCCCCCCCUUUAUAUACAAUAAAGGCAGAAGAGGGGGAGGGGAAGCUUUAUUUAUAAAAAUGACAAUAGGGAGCCAGGGAGGCCCCCCAGAAGCAAGGUUCAAGUCUCUUGCUUUCUUCCUUAAAAAAUGAAAGGGAAAGAAAAAAAAAAAAGGAAGAAGAAGGAAGAAAAAAAAGACAGAAAGAGAAAUAGGAGGAGGCUGCAGCUCCUCGUUUUCAGCUUUGGCGAAGAUGGAUCCACGUUUCAUCUUUAAUCACGCCAGGCCCAGGCCCAUCUGUCUUGUUUACUCUGCCGAGGAGAGGACGGGCCUCGGUGGCGACCAUUACCUAGACACCCGGCUAACAAAUGAGGCCCGGCUCCGCCGCCACCGCCUCUGCUGCUGCUGCUGCUGGAAGACAGCCUGGAUUUUCUUUCUUUGUCCCCCACUCCUGACACCCAGCGAAAGCACCCUCUGACUGCCAGAUAGCGCAGUGUUUUGGCCACGGUAACAAACACACACACACAACCUCCCUCGUCCUCAGUGCCCUUUCAUGGGGGGACAAUGACUGCUCACCCCCUUCCAUCUCGGGGCUGAGGGGUGGGGAACAGAAGGAAGGGGACAAGUGGGGGAGAGGGCGGCCUUGACAACUUAGGAGCAAACAGGGAAAUUGAGUCCCAGGAAAAAAGAGAGACCCAGAGACCUGGGAGGGCUUUCUUCUGGAAGGCCAAGUCAUGCCGGGCAGGGUGAGGGGCCAGUUGAGUUCUGGGAGCUGGGCAGGAACUCUCGCCAAUCCAGAGUUGUGUACAGGGGAGGUCUCUCUCCCAGGCUGGAAAUGAAUGUGAAUCUAGGAAAUAAAAUGUGCCCCUCCCAGUCUGGGAGGAGAAUGUUGCAGAGCCCUCUCCGGUAGUUUAUGAUUGUUGCAUCAUUUAUUAUUAUUAUUAUUAUUAUUAAUAUUAUUAUUAUUGCUAUUAUUUUAUGUCAUGUGUGUCCUCUCUCUUUUUCUCUUUCUGACAUUCCAAACCAGGCCCCUUCCUACCUCUGGGGCUGCCUGAGUCUAGACCAUUUCGUUGGCGUGAAAAUUUGUGUCCUGUACAGAGUGACAAUAGAAAUAAAUGUUUGGUUUCUUGUGACCAGCA